UUAGUCAACUCCAGUGGUUGGGUCACAUAAUUUUGCUGUUUGCUGGCUUUCAAACCAAUAUCAGUUCGUUCAUUUUCAAUCCAACGGCUAUAAUCCGAUCAAUCCUACUGUAAAUGUAAUACAAACCACCUUAAAUCCGAGCUCAUCAUAAAAAGAAUAAUUCAAUUUUAAAGCAAUUCCGUAUCCGCAACAUCCUUGAAUGGAGCAAGAAACAGAUAGAGACCAUGACACUUAGCUCUAUCCUACUCUUACUCAGAUCUGCCAUGUUUAUUCCAUUCAAUCAAAAUCCCUAAUUAAUACUUAUCAGCCGCUAGUAUAUUCGAAAUUAUUAAGUUGAACAGCAAAUGGAGACGGAGCUCAAGCCCAUGAAUCCAGAACCGCAACCCGAACUCGAACCAGUUCGCGGCAGUGACGACCGACCUCUCCUUAAAUCCGAUUCAAAUAGAAUGCAGACGGAGAGUAUCGAAGAGCUGGAAAAGAAAUUCGCUGCUUACGUUCGUAAUGACGUGUACGGUCCCAUGGGACGCGGCGAGUUGCCUUUGGCAGAGAAGAUUUUGCUAGGGAUAUCGAUGCUGACAGUGUUGCCGAUAAGAGUGGUAUUAGCGACCACAAUUUUGUUCUUAUAUUACGCGAUUUGUCGGAUUUGUACGAUGUUUUCCUCCCCCAAUCGCAACGAAGAGGAAGAGCAGGAGGAUUUCGCGCAUAUGGGAGGGUGGAGAAGAGGAGUAACCGUGUGGUGCGGGAGGUUAUUGGCUAGAGCUAUGCUUUUCGUGUUUGGAUUUUAUUGGAUUCAUGAGACUUAUCGGGUUCUAGAGGACCAGAAUGAACAAUCAGAAGAAGAGGCAGAAAGACCAGGGGCCAUUAUAUCUAAUCAUGUGUCGUAUUUAGAUAUUCUGUAUCACAUGUCUUCUUCUUUUCCAAGUUUUGUUGCCAAGAGAUCGGUGGGUAAACUUCCUCUUGUCGGUCUCAUCAGCAAGUGCCUUGGUUGUGUCUAUGUUCAGCGGGAGUCAAAGUCAUCUGACUUCAAGGGUGUUGCAGGUGUUGUAGUUGAAAGAGUUCGAGAAGCUCAUCAGAAUAGGUCUGCUCCUAUCAUGAUGCUUUUUCCUGAAGGCACCACUACAAAUGGAGACUUCCUUCUUCCAUUUAAGACGGGUGCAUUCUUGGCAGGAGCUCCUGUGCUUCCAGUCAUUCUGAGGUAUCCUUAUCAGAGAUUCAGUCCAGCCUGGGAUUCAAUAUCUGGGGCACGCCAUGUGAUUUUUCUCCUUUGUCAAUUUAUAAAUUACAUUGAAGUAACGCGGUUACCCAUUUACUACCCAUCACAAGAAGAGAAGGAUGACCCAAAACUAUAUGCCUAUAAUGUCCGGAGAUUGAUGGCUCGUGAGGGUAAUUUAGUGAUGUCAGAUAUUGGAUUAGCGGAGAAGCGAGUAUACCAUGCUGCUCUCAAUGGUUUGUUUUGACAAUGCUAAUUCGGAUACGCCGUCUGUAAUAUUUCCAUUAAUGAUUCUAUAAUUUACAGAAAAAAAAUUAGAAAUAUAGAUAACCUGCAGAAUCAGUGUUCAUAGUUGGAAAAUGUAUCUGCCGACGUAGGCGUUUAUGUGGUCUUUGCUGAGCUAGAGCAGCUUUUAAUUUUAUUUUUUUGAAGCAGGGAAUCAUAAUUUCUCAGGCAUUGUUAUACUGCUUAAAUUGAAUGGAAUUGCAUACAAUUUAGAUCGUAA